AUGAAUGUGGAAGAGCAGAUAGAUGUUUCUGGAUUUCUUUGGAGACGUUCUGGAUACUCUCCAGCCAUUACUUUAAUUGAAAAGUCUGAUCCUCGAUUGCAAUGGUUUCGUGGUGUAAUUCAGCAAUGCCUUCAUCCUGCCAUGAGCAUGUCAGAUGGGGACUUGGAAGCCAUCUCCCUAUAUCUGGACCAGCAUGUCAAAUCUCAGCGGGACCAUGUACUCUUUUGUUCCUAUGUAUCACUUGUCAUGUUGGAGGAGAAGGAGGUCCCAAUUGGUAGGGAUCUGUUUUCACUGUUCAAUGAAGAUGUGGGAGGAGCAGGAGGAGGAGGCCAAUCAAUGCCAGAGGAAAAGUCUGUCUCAUCUUUGGAUACAUUUGAAGAAUCUCCAGAAGUACCUGCCAAAGUCUUGACUAGGAAGGAGAUUGAGCAUCGUGUGGUCAAGACAUUGGUGUUCCAAAAAGGAGUUCUCCCUGAUGAAGCACUUGUGGAAAGUGAAAACAGAGAAUGUCUUGGGACAAUUGGCUUUUUACGCCAUGAGAGUGCCCCAAUUUCUGAGGACAUGAAUGUGGGCAGAAUCUUCUCCAUCUUUUCUGUUCAUCCUGAUUUUCUGGGGAUGUAUGAGGGGAUUUUGGGGAAACUGUAUGUACCAAGGCUUCCUGUCCUCCAGAAAGAUGUGGAACUGGCUUCAAUCAUGGGGAAAUAUGUUACUGCUGUUCACAGAUCUGUAGAGCAUAUGAAAUGUGAGGUGAGUGUGAGCCCACCUCCGGGCUGCCCAGAAGAUGCCAGUUUAGAUAAUGUGGAGGAAAAAUUCCAGUCCUGGCUCCGUGAAUUCCGCUCUGAAUUGGAUGCCAUCCUUGAAGCUGUUCAAGAAGAAUUUUACAAUGUUUUCGGCCGGAGCUUGAGGUCUGUGAUCAAGAAUCAAGAGAGAAUGGAUGAACUGGAACAAAGAAUUGGAAAGCUAGGGGCAGAUGUUGCCCAAGUGAAUUUUGAUCCCUUUGAUCAUGAAAGAGCCCACUUCUGGAAAAGCACAAUGGCCUCGUUUGAACGUGAGAGGCGCGUCCUUCUGUCUCAGGCUAAGAGUUUCAUCAACUACACAUUCAGGGAUAUGAGGUCAUCUGAAGCAGCCUUUGGCAUCCUUUUGAAGUUCUCAAUAUGUCCAAUGAAUCCCAUGCUACGAUCAGUGCUGAAUGAGAAGUAUGCUGACAUCCUCACACAAUACAAACGUGAAGUCACUGUGAUUCAGGGGAUAUUCAGGGACCUGCAGGAAAGGCCUCCAGUUCAGAGAAACUUGCCACCAGUUGCAGGAGCUGUUGUCUGGGUGCGACACCUUCUUAACUCCAUCAGGAGUCCUAUGCAGCGCUUUGCUGCUAUUCCCGACCUCAUGCAGACUGACAGUGGGAAAUUGAAGGAUCUACUGCAUUCAGAACUCGAGGAGAUUGGCACUUGCAUAUCAGUGGGGACCCUGCCAAAGUACAAUUGGCUCUCCCUUGUGAUUGGGGAAUUUCUCAAUCACAAUGAAUCACUUUUGAGUGGGGCUAAGUUCCUUCAUGCUCAAUUAGGAUAUCUGACAAAAGAGAUGGAAAAUCGUGUCCAUGCACUUUCCAAUAUUGACUUCCUUGGCCUACCUGAACCCAAUCUCUCAGGGAAGGUCCCUUUGUGUAAAGAUUUCUUUGAUGAUAUACAGAAACGGCAAGUGGUGGCUGUACAGUGUGCACUUGGCCACUUUUCCACCAUCAGUCCCUUACUAAACAAGAUUGAAGGACUUCUAACUGGACUAAGCUCAGGAAGAGCAAAGCGAAUGAUGCACUUCUAUGAGUACUGGGAGGACCAGAUCUUUCGGGCCUUUCUGACAUCCCUGACAAGAUCUCUUGAGUGCUUCCGUGAAUCCCUACUGACCUCUUUGCCAUGUUUCCAAGUUGCCCUUGUCCUGUCUGGCACAGAGAUCCUCUUACGACCAUCACAGGCCCAAAAAGUGCCUCGCUGGAAGAAAGGGACAUGUUUGGAGUGCAGGAACAUCCCAGGACAGCCAUUCAGGAGUUUCUAUGAUGAUAUUGUUCUUCAUCCAGAUAUUGUUUCUUCUGUAAAUGAUGUGAAAAAUGAUGUGGUCAGGGUCCUGCAACAACUGCAAGUUCUCUGUGACAAGUGGAGAACCUAUGAGACUUUGUGGAAGGCAGAUAAGCAUAAAGUCAUCUCUCAGUUUCUGAGGAAGAUCCCAACUGUGAUGGACUAUGAUUCCCGUCUGCUCCUCUAUGCUACCUUGAGGGAGGAAGCACAGCGGCAGCCUCGCAUUUCAUCUCUUGCUGCCAUCAGUGUGGAUGUGGGGCCCAUAAUAGAUGCUAUUGACAUGUAUACUAUGGGAUGGAUGCAAAGCUUUGCCAUUCACCUAAGGGAGAGUGCAUCUUCUCGUAUUCAUGCCAUCCACAAAGAUAUUGAGGUGCUAAAUUCUCAGCUCCAAGGACGAGCUUCUCGUAGCUUUGAAGACCUGAAGGUCGUCUUGAGCACCAUUACUCAGAUCCGAGAGCUCAACUGCAAUGUUGAGCGGAACUUGCGAGAUGUUGAUGAAAUGUAUUACACUCUGCGCAGCUUCCAUGUCCUUCCAAAGAUGAUUUUGAUACAGGACAUCCCAGAAGAGGAGUACCAGGAGAGUGAAGAGGUGGGGGAAGAGUGGAAGCAGCUGUUUGAAGAUUCUCGAGCAACAGAAAUUCGUCUUGCUCGCAUUAAAGCUCGAUUUCAACGAAGCACUGAGGAGGAAGUUGCUGCAUUCAUUCUCAAAUGCAGGGAGUUUCAAGCUCAAUUUCGUACUCGGGGACCCAGUGCAUAUCCUCAGGAUCUGGAUCAAGGAAUAAUUCUGCUUCAGCCGUUUCAAGAAAACCUCCAGAAGUUUGAAGCUGAAAGAGCAAGGCUAUCGAGUGCACAGAGACUGUUUGAUCUUCCUGUCACUGAGUAUCCAGAGAUUAAUGAGAUUGGUUGGGAACUAAAGGACCUGUGUCAAAUUUAUGCCCUCUACAUUCACCACAGAGAAGCACUCCAGACAUGGAGUGAAUUCCUAUGGAAUGAGUUUGAUUUGUCCUCCAUUCUGUUACCUGUGGAAGGACUACUGAAGGAAAUGGACAACUUACCCCAAUCUGCACGGGAGCAUCCAGUUGGGCAAGAACUCCAAGGGCGGCUGGUGGAGGUGUGUGCAACUCUGCCUCUUGUCAUCCAACUUCGCACCCCUGCACUUUGUCCAAGGCAUUGGCUUCAGCUCCUUGCAAUUCUGGGCGAAGAUGAGGCCUCCCGCUCGAAAGUGUGGCAAGACUUGCGUCUCAGAGAAGUUUUUUCAUGGGGAUUCCAUAGGCACAAAGAUUCCAUACUGAUCCUCAUUCAGUCAGCAGAGGAGGAGAGCAAAGUAGAGGCUGAGCUCCAUCACAUCAAUAAGUUCCUGAUGGAAGUGGAAAAUGAGAGUGGGAUUUUGAAGAGGUGUCAGAAUGAGAGGACUGGUCAGACAAUCUCUAAGAUUAGCAGUGAAUUGGAGUAUUUCCAGAGGGAUCUUCUGAGAUUCCUUUGUCUGAAACGCUUGGAUCUGCCAAGGCUUGCUUUUCUUUCUGAUCAUGAGUUGUUGGACCUCUUUGGCACCACCACUACUCUUGCACACUUUCAAUACUUUGUUCCAAAAAUUUUUCCUGGAGUGGCAAAAUUGCUAGGAGAUGAUGAAGUUGGAAUCACAGGGAUGGUGGGCAUUGGGGGAGAAGAUAUCCUUGCAUUGAGUCCUGUUGGUAUGAAGGGGAAAGCAGUGGAGGACUGGCUGCCUCAGCUCAUUCAUUCCAUGAAAGAGUCUUACUGGAAGGAGAUAAAAAAAGCUGUCUAUCAUUAUGGGUGCAAUAAGAGGAUGACGGAAGACUGGUGCAAAGAACAUGUUACUGGGGCAGUCCUCAUGGCUCAUUCCAUCUGGUGGACUGCUUUGAUUGAACAUGCCCUAAAUGCCCUAGCUGCAGAAAGGAAGAGAACGAAAUUGAACAGUAAGAUUUGCAUUCAGGGUGAUCGGGUUGCAGUCAAGGAAUUGCUUGCCAAGUUGGAUGCUGAGACACUCUCAAUGAAAACGUGGCAGCUGACUUCUCGCAGGUCCUCACUUCUUUUCUUCUCUGCCCUGCGUUGUCGGGAACUCAUCAACUUUCUCCUCUGCUCCAAAGCUGUCUUGGAGCCUCAUUUGAGGAGAGAGCACUUGGAACUUUGGGGAUUGAUCUUGGAAGGCAUUUUCCCUUUGGAUGAGGAACAAGCCAAGGAACCUCAGGCUGAAGAUGAGAAGGCACGAUUCCAAGACCUCAUCUUUGAAGUUGCCAAAAAGCUACAAAUAUGCAUCUCCUCUGAACAGAGUCCAGUCUUGCUUGCUGGCAAACCAGGGGUUGGAAAAUCUGCUAUUGUCCUCAUGCACCUGGACAGUGUUGAGGCUUACAGCAUCAUCCAGUGCGGAAUUCAAGGAUCCAUUGAUACUCUGAGGCAGUGCCUGGAUUGCAGUCUUGAGAAACAGACAAAGACCACCUAUGGACCUCCUCUUGGCAAACAACUCACUGUCUUCAUCAAAGACCUUCAUCUGAGUCAAGGCGAAGGAGAGUAUGAAAGACUUGCAUCUUUCAUCUCCCUCCUUGCUUCCAGUUCAUCCUAUUAUGAGACGUCCUCUGGCAUCCAGUUCAAGGAGAUGAAGAAGAUCUCCUUCAUCCUGACCACCGACAUUGACAGCCUCAUUCCAUCAUCACUUCUCAAGAAUUGCUUUGUCAUCUAUGUUCCACCUCUCCUGGGGUCAGAGCUUGAACAGGUCAUUGAUCUCCCAAAUCCUCUUCCAAAAGCAACCAUAGAACUGUUCACACAGCUGAAGCAAGCAUACCUCACUGACUCUCUAUUAUUGUCAGGUCCACCCAACAUUUAUCACAUUUUGAAACUCCAGACAACAUUGAAGUCUGCUCUCUAUAAAAAUGCUGUAGUGGAGAUGCAAGGUAGGAUUUGGGCUCAUGAAGUCCUCCGGAUAUUUGGAGGCUCAUUUCCAGAUGUGAGUGCUCGGGAUACCAUCUGGGACAAUUUAAUGAAGAUUGUCUUCAAGAUCUUCCCUCCUGAUGUCUCAGAACUUGUCCUCAAGGAACCUAUAGUCUUUGGAUACAAUGAGGAGAAAUGUUUAGUCUCCAUGGAUACUUUGGACCCAUUGCGACAGCGUUACAUGGAGAAACUCAAGAAUACCUUACCCACCAUCCCUCCUGUCAUCCUUCAAUCAGAUCUAUUGGUGGAGAAAAUUUCCCACUUAGAGAGAAGCUUGACCCUAGCCAAGGCAGAAGGAAUGUUCCCUGUUGUUUGCAUCGUGUCUUCAGACAAUACACUUUUGAAGAUAUCAGUUGAAGUUAGAGAUGAAAUGAAACAAGGACUGAAUGGAAUUGAGAACUUCAAAGCCAGUGUAGCCCAAGUAGGCUCUGGUCUCUCCAACCUGCAGCAAGAGAUGGAGAGCCACCUAACUGUGCUUCAAGGCUGCCGGAGACUGGGAAAGAUGAGGAAGAAUCUGGAGGAGCAAGAGGAGCUAUUAAAAGAGCAGGAGAUGUACCUGGAAUCAUGCCGAGGGGCUUCGGAUAAAGCUGCUCUUGCCUUGGAUGCUUCUGUUGAACAAUCUCUCUCUGAACUUGAGCAGCUGACUCCAUCUGAUGUUGAGCAAAUGAGCUCGGAGGAGCCAUCAAAGAAAUACCAGGGAACCCUGAAGGCAUUGUGUGUGAUACUGAAGGAAGCAGACUUUGGCUGGCAGCAUGGCCAUGUCCUUGUCUCUCAAUGGCACUCCCUUCUUCCCACUUUAAAGCAAUUGAAAACUCUGGCCAUGAAUCUCUCUCAGGAUGCUGUAUCCCUGGCUCGAACCUAUCUAAAGGAAAGUGAGGAAGAAAACUCUGGAGAAAAGGUGGAGAAGAAGGCAUUUGCUGCCUUGGAUUCUUGGGUGAAGACGGUUCUGCUCUGUGCAUCUUCCAAGACCAAAAUCCAUGAUAAUAGUGCACAGAUCUCUGCCAUGGAAGAUAACUUCAAUGAGACUCGACUAGAGAGAGACAAGUUGAAGGAAGAUAUCAAGGAACUGGAGGUAGAGAUGGAAACAGUUAACAAAAAGGCAACUGAAGUCUCUUCUGAGAUUCAGAAACUAGAGGAGAGGAUAGCUGAGCAAUCCCAACACCUUCACAUGGGACAGGCCAUGCUUGAGAAGCUCCAACAUUUGCAAAAUCGAUGGGAGAAAGAGUGUUUAGAGAGGGAAGAGGCAUUGCAGUGUGUGGUUGGGGAUUCAGUCUUUGCUUCUGAUCUCAAAUGGUAUGGAGCAUUGAAUGGAUUGGAGAUGGAGGAUCGGCCUUUGCUAGCAGUGCUGGCUGCCCUACACCUGGAUGGGCAUGGAGAGAUGGUCAAUGAUGAAGUAUUAUUCCUCUCUCAUCCCAUUGUGGAAGAUGAGGAGGAAAAGUCAGCCCAGGAAGAGGAUGAGGGACUAGAAGGAGAUGAGGAAGAAAGUAUCCAGCAUCCAAGUUGGAUAACAAGGGUGAAGUGGGAGGAUAUGAAGAAAUUGAGGAACUUGUAUCCUGCCACCCUGGGGAGCCUUCUUUCAAUGCUGACACAGGAGGAGGGCAGGUGGCAGGAGUGGCUGCAGAAGCCAUCCCUAGUAUCUCUGAAAGAAGGGAUUAUGGAAGGAGCACCAUGGUUCCAUUGCCUCUGCCUUGUGAAAGUCCUUGCCCCAAAGCAAUACCUUCAUGCCACACUUGAGUACUCUCGUCACAUUCUUGGUGGAUCUGCUCCCCCUCUUCCAUCAAGUCCUGCCCUGGAGUGCAAGAGCAACGGAUUCAUGGGGACAAAGAAAGAGGUAUCUGGGACAUACGUAGUUGUGAAUUGGAUUCGAUUCUUCCUGAGACAGGCCCUGGUUGUUGUGACAACAAGAGCCCCACGACUGGAGGAAGAAUUCAUCCAUCUUCAGGAACACCUUCAUCCCUGUCUGCCCCAGGACCACUCUGGAGUUAAUGGAAAGAUAGCUGAUGUGGCAGUCUUCUUUCAUGCUCUUCUUGUUAAUCGUGGCCCAUAUGAUAAGUAUGCAUGGAGUGGGAAGCCAAAAGUCCGCUUCCAUGAUGCUGUUGUGGUACAGACUCUCCUGCAGAAGUUCCUGAAGCCAGACAUUACUCCCAAGGAUAUUGACUGGGAUCUCAUUCAUUGGCUUCUCAAUUGGGAUUCUCCUCCGAUCUCUCAGGCUUGUAAGAUGCUUCAGUUUAUCUUUACUGUACCUGCACUUGAGAUCUUGAGGAUGAAUCAGGAAUUGGUCGGUCAGGCUUUGAGGGAUCCAGAUGAACGAGGAUGCAGACUUGGUGAAUGCUCCAAUUUCUUGCUGAAUGGCUCACUUCCAGCUGAUUUCCUUAAGUAUUGGAGAGACACCAAGAUGACACUUGAGGAAUUCUCUGCCAGAGUUCUCAACUGUGUGAAACAACUCAGUGCCUGGGCAUGCUGCAUCGGUCCAAUGGGUCUCAGUGGCUGUGGAUGGGACCAAGAAGAGGGACGAUUCACAUCCGCUUUGGAAGAUGUCCUUUCAUCAGUCCCAUAUCUGAUUGUCACUCUUCGGGAAUCCAAGACCUCAUUCUCUCCUGAGGAAUGGGUGUUGAUCCCACUUCAUUUGGGAAACGAUGGACUGGAAGCAGAAGAUGGAAGGAGGGAGAGAUCCUCGAUUCUCUUUGGGAGGGUCCCCGUCAAGUGCAUCGUCUCGCACCCCAGCCGCUGGAUCCCCAAGAAUCCUCGUCUCUUCUGUCUCGAUUCUCCUCGUUUCUGAUUGUGUCGAGGGCGUUAUGUAUGUUUGUGUGCGAGUGAAUAUGUUGGUCUCAUUUUGUGCUCGGGUGCUCUGUCUGACCUGGGAACAGAUAAUAUACGUUUGUGGUCUUCCCUGUGGUGCGACUUAAAUCUUUUUGGAGCCUGAACUAGC